AAACCAGGUCGAACCCUGUCUAAGUGCUUUAAAUACAUUAAAAAAAAAAAUGUAAACUAGUUCAGUUGGAAUAAGAAAUGUUGUUGAAUAAAGCGACCAUCAGAAGAUCUCAAAGACAGCAAAUAUGUUUUUGUAGCUUCAAGAAAAUGGAGCUUUUCUGGCCAGUUCUCUGCAUUUAAUGGUGACUUGAAACCUUUAUUGUGCAGAUUUCUAGAGUUUAAUACAUCAAACAAUGCAGGAUCUGUGAAAGCUGUUUCAAGGGAUUGAACAUUUUUCAAUUUACAUCCCAAAAGCUCACAUGUCGAGAAGUUAACAGGAUGUCCAUCCAUUGUUAAUGAUCAUACUUUCAUUCUAAUGUUGUGGAGCUCUGAUAAAAUAUCUAGCAGUAUUUGCUUUUGUGUGACUGCACCAAUGCAAUUAGUGAAAUAAUAGGCAAUAGGAGCUUUCCAAUUUCCCCUUAAACCAACUAUAAGCACAACAAGGGCUUCUGUUGCUUCCAAUUCUUCUUUAUCAUGUUGGUGUCCAAGAUUCACAAACCCAGUCAUAAUUUUGUUAUGUGCAUCAUAGCAAAUGUGUUUUUUUAAAGACAUUGCGUCUAACAUGCAAGCCACAUUUGUGUAUACUCUGGAUUGUCUAUCACAAGUUGCUUCAAUGCUUCCAUUAUGCAUCGGUUUAUUUCUGGAGAGCCAUCAAUUUUGGAUAUUCUCCUGAGGAAAAAGGAAAAACCUCCCACACCAUUAUCAGAAUUUGUGGACGAAGAGCUCUCUGCAUUGAUUCUGUAAGUUGAAGGGUUGACAUUUUCAAUCUAGAGUCAGAAAUUGGAAACUUAUGUGAUAACUGGAGCGGAAAUAACAUUCCACCAUAUAUCAAUAAACCUUUUAAAGAAAUAUUGGAUACAACAUAUUCAUAAAUAACUAAAAAAAAAACCAACAACAUCGCAGUUGCCUUAUAGACUUUCAUUGGUAAUUUUUUUUGUAGCCAACAAAAUGAGUAUCAGGCACUCUCGGCGGGAUAAGCUUUUCUCUACUUCGGACACCCUUUUUUCCGAAAGAGAUUCCAUUAAAAAUGUAAAAGAAUGGCUUAUAAUUACAGUUCGUCUUUUAUCCAAUAUUGUGUCAUUGGGAAAAAGUAAGAAAUUAUGGAAUAAACAAAACAAACCUGAAUGGUGGGAUGAGAAGGUGGAACAAGCUUGGAAAAACCCAACAAAAAAUCCUAAAGACAGAAAAGAGUUUUUAGUAAAGAAAUACUUGGUUCUUGAGGAACAUUUGAAAUCUAUAGAUAAGUUACCUGAACAAGUGAAAGAGCAAGCCAAGUUAUGGAGGAAUAGGGAAAAGCAGAAAUUAUUUCUACUAACAGAAUUUCACACUCUUUUGAACACGUGUGAAACCUUGCCUACAUUAUGUGCUUUAUUUUUUAAAAAACUAAAACGCAAAAAUUCCAAGCUGAUUAUAAGCUGUAAAAAUAGUUUUAUCAAAUGUCUACAAACCAUUUCAAAAGAUUUUGAAAAAGAAGUCACAGAGUCAGUUGGAGUCGAAGGACAUUCUAGUGUUGAUGAAAACGAAAACAACUUUCCUCCUAACAAAAAAAGAAAAUUGGAGUUUUUUCAGGAUGUGCCAAAUCUCAGGACAUCAGCACAAAAGGAGAAUUCUAAAUACACUAGCGUCGCCAAUAGUACGUCACAUAAAACAAUGGAUAAAAAUGUUUGUCAUAGUUCAGAUACGGUAAUGCCAUUUAAAAACAUUAAAAAAGAUGAUUGUAAUUCAAAUCCUUCAGUAAACGAUCUUAACCUUAGGACUCAAAUAACGACUGUGGAAUAUGACGAUAUCGUAAAGAUUGAUACAUCUCCAGAUUCUGAAAGCUUCUCGUAUUUUAAUGGCUCUACUGUAUAUGCUGACAGUUCUAACGUUAAAAAUACUGUAUCUUCCACGUUUAUACGUACAAGUUCAGAACUUAGUGAUUCGUCUGUUAAUAAAAAAGUUAUUGAAAAACCUAUUCACAACAACGUUGACGACAGUUCAGAAAGCCCAGCAGAUUUUGAAAGUACUUCGGCAAGCGUUCAAUCAGACAGAAUAACAGACAUGUCCGACCAAUAUGAAGUGAACAAAGACGUUGGCAAUUUUUGUCAAGACGAUAAAUCAAGAUUCUCGAAUUCAAAUUCUGAACAAUCUUUUUCUUCUAAAGCAACUGAAAUCUGCCCAACCUCUGCCACUUCAGAUCAUGUUACUCGACUAAGAGAGGAAAACUGUAAUAUGGUUGAUUUGUUGACUAGUUCUUUUGAUUCUAAAGAUCUCUUGUCAGACUUAAGUAAAUUUACUUAUGAUCCUAAAGAUCGCUUUUCAGAGUUCUCCUUUUGAUUACAUCCUUCUUUAGGUUUACUCAUUUUGAAUGACUUGAUCCUUUAAUAAAUAAAAUUUCCAAUGAUUCACUUGAUCACACAAACUUUAUCGCCAUAAAUGGAUACAUUGGUAAGGUGUUCGUGUAAGUCUCGUGUAUAGGAGGAUGAACAAUAAAAUGAACAAAAAAAAAAAGAAAGUAAAGUGCUGUUACAAAGAAUCACAAAAAACAAGAAAAAAAAACAACACAUUAAAGAUACUUAAAAAAAAAGACGCUUCCUUUAUACAACUUUAAGGUAGAUAUUUUUUCGUUCUCUAGGUUUUUCAAAAUUGAAAAAUUAUAACGGCAAUCUAGAGUUUUUUUCAGUGUGGUCAAUGAGCUAGCAAUUCUUUUCCAACGAUAUACAUCAAUUGCCAAAUUUCUAGGGAAAAUCGUUAGAGACGUUUUUCGAGAUUCGUAUCCAGGUUCCACCCAAAAGGUUUUUGCCACCCAGAAACACUGGCGGAUCCGGGGGAUGGGGGGGGGGGAGUGCGGUAGGGGCGAUCACCCCCCCCCCCUUGAAAGGGGGGGGGGGAGCGGACGAAUUUUAGUAAAGAAUUCACACAAUUUGUAUACGAAUUUAUUACUUAUGUUAAUAAAAUAUACUAAUUAUUUAUAUUUUAACCUAUUUUUAGAUUAUUUUCCCCUUCCCCCCUCUAGUGUGUUGGCCGAUUUGGUGGGGUCGGGAGGGGGCGAUGGCAUCAUUUCCGCCCCCCCCCUCCCCAUAUAAAUUUCGAGUGGGGGGGCGGUCCAAAUUAUUUGUAGAAAUCACAGCUCGCUAGCAGAAUAUAAUAAAUAUCUAUAUGAUUAAAACUUGUUAUUGAUGUUUUAAUCCAGUGAUGCCCAAAAUACGACCCGCUGGCCAGAUCCGGACCGCGACGUGGUUCUAUCCGGCCCGCCGAAACGUCGGCACAAAGUGUAGAAAAUCCCUUCUCCCAUUUAAAAACAAAAAAAGGUUGAAAAAAGUAUCUUACGAACAUUAGGGUCCUGACUUUAUCUCUGAUGAAUUUGUUACCAUGACAUUUAACAAUGGUACUUUUAUGAAAUGGAAAGAAAAUACAAGUGAACUCUGAAUGUAGAAUCUACCAGGAAAAGUUGAACGAAGCUUUUACUUUUAGUGGAACAUGAUCAUAAGCCAACAUAUUUGAUUUGUAAAGAAAGUAGCUUAAAAACACAACAACAUAUAAGUAGCAUUAUAAAACAGAUAUGAAGGCAUUCUUGGUUUGAGCCGCUAAUAAGAAAAAGUUAAGUUACUGCUUAGAGAUAGAAGGAUUUAUGGGAAAAUUUAACAAAAAGAGACAAAAAAAAAAAAGUCGUCAGCUAGCUAACUGUUGCUUACAUUUUAAGUUUAAGCUAUUUUCCGAAGUAAAAAAAGAUAACUUGUAGAUAUCCCAUUAAUUAAUGUAAGUGCUAGAUCCUUAAUUUUGUAAUCAAAUUGUUACAGGUCGAUUUCAUUUCGUGUUUGUACCGUUGCGGUUAUGUGACCCGCGACACGAGUGUCGGAAAUUAAAAUGGCCCGCAGGUCGGAUUAGGUUGGGCAUCACUGUUUUAACCAAUCUUUAUAUUAUGUCGUUCCCCUGUUGGCCAAUUGGGUGGGUGGGGUGGGAGGCGAAUAUCUCUACUGCCCUUCCCACCUAAACCCUUUGAGUGUGUGUGUGGGGGGCGGUCCUACUUUUAGGGGAAAUCAUAGCUGGUGAACAAUUUAGAUCAACUAAAAUAUAGUAUUUAUAUUAUGUCGCUCCCCUUCUGGUUGAUAUCUUGGACGAUUCAGUGGGGUAAGGGUGGGAAGUGAUUGCAUCUACUGCCCUUCCCACUCUAGCCCUCUGAGUGGGGGGGGGGUGCGGUCCUAUUUUUAAGGAGAAAUCAUAGUUUGUGAACAAAAUUAGUUGAAUAUGUAUAUAAUAUAUACUACGUGAACCCAUUGUAUAUUAUGUCGCACCACACUCUAAUCUCAAAUUUUAUCAUUAGUAAAUAUAAAAUGAAAAAGAGUUGUACCAGGUGGGAGGGGCGAUACAUGCAAUCGCCUUCCGCCCAUGGGACAAACCAUUACUUUUUCUUUUUGUAGUUUAUGUAAUUUCACAAAAAUUUUUAAGAAAGACUUUGCUUUGGAAAAUUUAGGAUUCAUACGAAAUUUUUCAAUAUAAGAGUAACGAUUGAGAUGAGUUCUGAACCCAAGUAUUCUUUUCCUAGUCGCCUUUUUCCCACUUUUACUCAAUAUGAUAUUUUUCUAGUUAAAUAAAUUUGGGACAAUAGCUCACAAUUUAUGUUUGAAUCCUAAAAGUGCAAAAAAAAAAAAAAAAAAAAAUUAGAGUAGAAUCUUAAUU